CCGAGUUUGCUCCGACGGCUCUCUCUCUCUCUCAAUGGGGAAGAAAACGAAGAAGCCCGGGAGAGGCAAAGAGAAAACAGAGAGAAAAACAGCUAAAGCAGAGGAAAAGCGAGCUCGUAGGGAAACCAAGAAGAUAUCCGAAGAAGACGAUAUCGACGCUAUUUUGUUGAGCAUACAAAAAGAGGAAGCUAAGAAGAAGGAGGUUCAUGUUGAGGAAAAUGUCCCUGCGCCAUCUCCUCGAUCAAACUGUUCGCUCAACAUUAAUCCAUUGAAAGAGACAGAAUUGAUCCUCUAUGGGGGUGAAUUUUACAAUGGUACCAAGACAUUUGUGUACGGUGAUCUUUAUCGAUGUGAUGUUGAAAAGAAGGAGUGGAAAUUGAUAUCAAGUCCAAAUAGUCCACCACCACGAAGUGCUCAUCAAGCAGUGGCCUGGAAGAAUUAUCUGUACAUAUUUGGUGGAGAGUUUACAUCCCCAAAUCAAGAGCGGUUCCAUCAUUACAAGGACUUUUGGGUCUUGGACCUGAAAACAAAUCAGUGGGAACAGCUAAAUCUAAAGGGAUGUCCAAGUCCACGGUCAGGUCAUCGGAUGGUUUUAUACAAGCACAAGAUUAUUGUUUUUGGUGGCUUCUAUGACACCCUUAGAGAAGUGAGGUAUUUCAAUGAUCUGCAUGUAUUUGACCUGGAUCAAUUCAAGUGGCAAGAAAUAAAACCUAGACCUGGAUCUAUGUGGCCAAGUGCUCGAAGUGGUUUUCAACUUUUUGUUUACCAAGAUGAGAUAUUUUUAUAUGGUGGCUAUUCGAAAGAAGUUUCACUUUCAUCUGAUAAAAAGAACUCUGAGAAAGGAAUUGUUCAUUCAGAUAUGUGGUUGCUUGAUCCUAGAACUUGGGAAUGGAACAAGGUAAAGAAAAGUGGAAUGCCUCCUGGGCCUCGUGCUGGUUUUUCUAUGUGUGUCCAUAAAAAGAGGGCUCUGCUAUUCGGUGGUGUAGUGGAUAUGGAAGUUGAAGGUGAUGUAAUAAUGAGCUUGUUCUUGAAUGAACUUUACGGCUUCCAGUUAGAUUGUCAUCGCUGGUACCCUCUGGAGCUGCGAAAGGAGAAGUCAACCAAAGAUAAGUCAAAAAAGAGUUCAGACCAAAAACCUAAUGCCGUGACUGACAGAAGGAUAAGUCCAAUUGAACUAAGAGAGUGUGGGGCAAAUGAUAUGGAUGAAAAUUUUGAGUACCAUGAAGAUGCAGCUGACAUGGAAAGCAACAUAGAUGACGUCUCUCAUCAUAUGGCAACAAACAUGACUGUAGAUGACGAUAAGUUGCCCACCAGAUUCGAUGGAAAGAUUUCUGAAUCUAGUGUGAAAAUUGAUGUGCAAAAUUCCAAUCUUCCAGAGAUAGUGAAGCCUUGCGGGCGUAUUAAUUCUUGCGUGGCUGUUGGAAGAGAUACAUUAUACAUCUAUGGUGGCAUGAUGGAGGUUAAAGAUCAAGAAAUUACACUCGAUGAUUUGUAUACUCUUAAUCUCAGCAAACUUGACGAGUGGAAGUGCAUCAUACCGGCAUCUGAAUCUGAAUGGGUAGAAGCUUCAGAGGAGGAAGAUGAGGAUGAGGACGAAGAUGAUAGUGAAAAUGAGGAAUGCAAUAGUGGAAGCAACAGUGAUGAGACUGAUGAUGAAGAUGCAGCAGCAGAGGCUACAAAUGGUGCUAAACCAAUUGAAACGGGAGAUGCUGUUGCCAUAAUAAGGGGUGAGGGAAAGACACUAAGAAGAAAGGAGAAACGGGCCCGAAUAGAGCAGAUCAGAGCUAAUCUUGGCCUUUCAGAUUCACAGAGGACGCCAAUGCCUGGAGAAUCCUUGAGAGAAUUCUACAAGCGUACGAAUUUGUACUGGCAAAUGGCAGCACAUGAACAUACUCAACAUACUGGAAAGGAACUCCGAAAAGAUGGUUUUGAUCUUGCAGAAGCUCGAUACAGGGAGCUUAAGCCAAUCCUUGACGAGUUGGCCGUAUUGGAGGCAGAGCAGAAGGCUGAAGAGGAAGAAGGGCCUGAAACUAGUUCGAGAAAGAGAGGAAAUAAGAAAAACAAGGCCUUGGCUUUACGCUAGUUUUGAGCUUUCCAUAUUUUUGAAAUUAUUUGGAUGCUUUUGUUGUUGUAUUAAAAUUACAUUACAUCUAGGCUGAGGUUUAUUUAUUUAUUUAUUUUUCUUCCCUAAGUUUAUUGGUGGGAUUUAAUGGAGACCAAUUUUUUUGAUCUUCUGUGUCAGGUUAAGGCUUGAAUAUAACAUUCUUGUUCUGGACAUAGUUCAUGGGUCGCUAAAUUGACUUAUUUGUGAAUUUCAUUU